AUGGGAAUAUGUGCUUGCAGUGAACAGUUAAGUGCUAUAAAAAUUAUAAGAGGAUAUCUACUAGCUGCUUAUCUGGCAUAAACUCACCAGAACUAUGGAUUAGCUCCCUAGGUUAGAAUCGCCUCUUGCGGAUGUCUGUUCAGAUAAGCAAGACUAAAUUGGAGGCAAAUCUGUCUAGCUCAUCUGGCAGGGGCAGAGAAAACCUUUGGAGAGAAACAAAACUUCCUCUUCGGCAUAUCGAAGGCCUACUUCAAAAAGUAACAGAGACACUAUUUUCAUUCAUCUGGUCCUAUCUUCCCCAUAGGGAGUGUGUCUCGGAGUCCAAUUUCCGUCAACGUCACCAUUUUAUUUCUAUUUGCAGUGAAAGGAAUGCAUACUUAGACCACACCACAGCAAAAGAUUAUCGAGCUAAAAUGGUGGUAGAGUACUUGGAUGGGCUAAAAAAAUUUAAAAAUAAAAAAGCUGACGAAAGUGACGAAGAAAGCGAAUACGAAAAUACAAGUGGAGGAGAAAAUUCAUUCGACAAUUCAUUAUUUAAUAUCCCAGAAGGACUCAACGAAGGAGAUGUUUUUGUAAUAGGAGAUAGAAGCCAAUUUAAAGUUGUGAAAGUCACUGAUUAUUACGAAAACUCGAUCACUCAUUGCAUAGCAUGCAACGUUAAUAUCCCAGCCCAUCAAAUAAAAACACAUGCAAAAUUAGCUGACCAUAUGAAAAAAAUAGUUUAA